AUGGCAGCAUUCGGUGGACAGACACCUACUAUAGUGGUCCUUAAGGAAGGCACAGACGACUCACAAGGCAAGGGCCAGGUCAUAAGCAAUAUCAACGCCUGCCUGGCUGUACAGAGCACCAUUAAAUCAACCCUCGGUCCAUAUGGUGGUGAUUUACUGCUUGUCGAUGGCAAUGGUAGACAGACUAUCACCAAUGAUGGUGCGACCGUUAUGAAACUCCUCGAUAUCGUCCAUCCAGCUGCCAAAAUUCUUACGGACAUUGCACGAUCGCAGGAUGCAGAAGUGGGCGAUGGUACAACAUCUGUGGUAGUACUAGCAGGUGAAAUCUUAAAAGAGAUCAAGGACCAUGUGGAGAGUGGGGCGAGCACACAGACUAUCAUUAAAGGUCUCAGGAGGGCUGGUCAGAUGGCAGUCAAUAAGGUCAAGGAAAUCUCAGUGAGCAUGUCUGAGGGUAGCGAAUACGAGACAUUACGCAAGUUGGCUGCAACAGCUAUGAGCAGCAAGUUGAUACAUCGAAACGCGGAUUUCUUCACAAAGAUGGUUGUUGACGCUGUCAUGUCGCUUGACCAAGAAGACCUCAACGAGAAGCUGAUAGGUAUGAAGAAGAUCCCUGGUGGCGCUUUACAAGAUUCCAUGUUCGUCGGGGGAGUCGCGUUCAAAAAGACAUUCUCCUAUGCUGGUUUCGAACAGCAACCGAAGAGCUUCAAAGAUCCCAAAAUCGUCUGCCUAAACGUCGAGCUUGAGUUGAAGGCAGAGAAGGACAACGCAGAAGUAAGAGUAGAUCAAGUCUCAGAGUAUCAGGCUAUUGUCGAUGCCGAAUGGCAGAUCAUCUUCAACAAGCUGGAAGCAUUAUACAAAACAGGUGCAAAGGUUGUUCUUAGCAGAUUACCCAUUGGUGAUUUAGCUACCCAAUACUUCGCCGACAGAGACGUCUUCUGCGCAGGAAGAGUAUCCUCUGAUGACCUUGAGCGAGUAUGUCAAGCGACAGGAGCAGCUACACAAUCGACAUGUACAGACAUCAAGCCUGAGCAUUUAGGCACUUGCGGCGACUUUGAGGAGCGACAGAUUGGAGGCGAACGAUUCAACAUCUUCAGCGAUUGCCCACAAGCCAGAACCUGCACCUUGAUCUUGAGAGGUGGCGCUGAACAAUUCAUUGCAGAGGCUGAGAGGAGUUUACACGAUGCCAUCAUGAUCGUCAAGCGCGCCAUCAAGAACAAGACAAUAGUGGCAGGUGGUGGUGCUACUGAAAUGGAAAUCUCGAGCUAUCUUCACAGACAUGCCGACAAGAACGUGCCUUCCAAACAGCAAGCAAUUGUCAAAGCAUUUGCGAAAGCACUCGAGAUAAUACCUAGACAGCUAUGCGACAACGCAGGUUUUGACUCGACCGACAUCCUGAACCGUCUGCGGGUUGAGCACAGAAAAGGCAACAUUUGGGCAGGAGUUGAUUUCGACCACGAAGGUGUGCGCAACAAUAUGGAUGCAUUCGUGUGGGAACCCGCACUGGUCAAGGUCAAUGCUAUCCAAGCAGCUGUAGAGGCUGCCUGUUUGAUCCUGAGUGUUGAUGAAACGAUCAAGAACGAGCAAAGUGAGGCGCCUCAAGGGCCACAACGAGGUCUACCUCCUGGCGCGGCUCAAAGGGCGCUAAGAGGACGUGGUAGGGGUAUGCCUCGACGAUGA